AUGAAGAACUCAUUUGUCCUAUUUGUUCAGGGUUUUAGAGACCCUCUUCAGGCUCCUGCUUGCGAGCACGCGUUUUGUCGUGCUUGUAUCACGGAGUGGAUCAGUCGCCAGCCCACCUGCCCCGUGGACCGGCAAGCUGUCACCGCCAGCCAGCUCAGGCCUGUUCCCAGAAUACUACGCAACUUAUUAUCAAGACUGUGUACAAGUUGUGACAACGCACUGCAUGGCUGCAACACUGUCCUAAAACUGGACUCGCUGGCGUCACACUUAGUUGAAUGUAUGUUUAUGUUUUUAUACAAUAUACAGCUAAGCUUCAAACAUUUUUACAUCAAAAUCAAAUUAAUAAGAAAUUAAAUGACUUCAUAAUAACUAAAGAUCUAAUAUUGUUGUUCAGGAUAUUUCCUGUAAGAAAAUUAUGAGAAUUAGUUGGUUAAUUGUUCAAUAAUCCUUUUGUGAGAAAUACCUAAAACAGGUAUAUUAAAACUGGUAAAAUCUUGUAAUAAAAUAAAAUUAAAGGGCUAGAUCCAGAUUUCAUAUAGAAAAGAAUGAAUUGAUUUUUGUUUU